GACACUGGAGUUCCUAAUGAGGCACUUGGCUCGUCUGGCUGAUUACUGCUCCAUCACAAAUAUGCACACCAAGAACUUAGCGAUUGUCUGGGCUCCAAACCUCCUGAGGUCGAAGCAGAUCGAGUCUGCCUGCUUCAGCGGAACAGCUGCCUUCAUGGAGGUGCGAAUCCAGUCAGUGGUCGUGGAAUUCAUCUUGAACCACGUGGACGUUCUCUUCAGCUCCAAACUCAGCUCAGUCAUACGAGAUGGAGCAGGGCACAGUUCUUUAUCCCGGCCCAAGUCUCUGCUGGUGUCCUCUCCUUCCACCAAGCUGCUCACGCUGGAGGAGGCGCAGGCACGGACGCAAGCCCAGAUCAACUCUCCCAUCGUGGCAGACAGCAAAUACAUCGAAGUGGGAGAAGGCCCCGCAGCUUUACAGGGGAAAUUCCACACAGUCAUAGACUUCCCAUCCGAAAGAAAAAGACCGCCCAGCAAGAUGAAGAAAUCGCCAGUUGGCAGCUGGCGUUCCUUCUUCAACCUCGGAAAAUCAUCGUCCGUGUCCAAGCGCAAACUCCAGCGCAAUCCCAGUGAGCCCUCAGAAAUGAAAGCCAUAGCCCUGGCAGGUGGGCGAGGAGACAGCGGGACUCUCCGCUCGGCUAAAAGCGAAGAAUCGCUUACCUCUCUGCAUGCUGUGGAUGGUGAAUCCAAACUGUUUCGGCCCAGAAGACCAAGGUCCAGCAGCGACGCGUUGUCCGCUUCCUUCAACGGAGAGCUCUUAGGGAACAUGAACCGCUGCAAUUCUUACGACAACCUUCCCCACGACAAUGACAGCGAUGGGGACGAGGGGCUCAUCCACGUUCCUGCCCUGAUUUCCCCCCGAUCUGCUGAAGACGUUGACCUGAGCCCACCCGACAUCGGAGUGGCUAGCCUGGAUUUUGACCCAAUGUCUUUCCAGUGCAGCCCGCCCCAAGCAGAGUCCGAGUGCCUGGACAGCAGUACCUCCCUGCUGGAGUCCGUUGGCAUGAACAAGGAGAAGCCAAGCCUGCUAAAGAAGGAUUUAGAAUCAGGCAGCCAGUCCCAGACACCAGGCAGUGCCACGAGCUCCGAGCCAGUCUCCCCUUUCCAAGAGAAGAUGAGUCCCUUCUUUACUCUGGACCUGAGCCCAACUGAAGAGAAGGCCUGCAAACCCCACGCCUUCUCACCCAAGAUGGGGCGAAAGCCCCUCAGAUCUCCGCCGCUGACUACGUCGGAACCCGUCUCCUUCGCGCUGCCCAGCCGCAUGCCAGAAGCGAUUGGAGGAGCGCCCACCGCGUCCAGAAACUCCUCUGCUUCCAGCUGGAGCAAAGGGGUUGGCAUCACUGAUCUCACAAACAGGUCCCCAACCCAGAUGUCCUUGCCCCUGAAAAGCAGUGAAACAGGAGCAGGGGAAGGAGCCCACCAAGAGCUACAGCAUGCCCAGCUAGUGGCUGCUGGCAAGCCCGAGUUGCCAGAAGAAGGGGAGAGACCCAUGUCAAGCAGUCAGAAUAAGACUGUACCCACUGGACACACACAGCCAGGAGCAGUUGCCCUCGACUCCCCCCAGGAUCCUGUUCCCGUCAGUUCUGUGUCUCUUAUCCCUCCUCCUCCUCCGAAAAACGCAGCGCGCAUGCUAGCCCUAGCGUUAGCCGAGUCCGCACAGCAAGCAUCCGCUCAGUCUCAGAAAAGGCCGGGAGAUGCUCAUGCUGAAAGCACAAAUUAUGGAGAGGCUGAAGCUGGCGCAGCUCUAGAAAAGCUCCAUCUCUCUGCUGGUGCUCCAGACAAGCUCCACCUGUAUACCGGUCUGCCCGAGAACCGACUGCACUUCCAGCCUGGUGCACCGGUAGAGCAGGAUUUCCAAGGUAGCAGCACACCCGGGGAGCAGAACCACCCACCGGGCGCACCUGGAAACCGGGACCCCCCGCCUCUCCAGGCUGGCAUGCCUGGGGACGCGCCCGGUAGCAGAGAUGGAGAGCAGGAGCAGCCCAGCUUCCAUCCUGGUAAACCAGGGGACAAAGAGCCGUCCCGCGCCGGGGACUGGGAGCACGCACCCCACCACGCUCCAGGCGCGCUGCCUGACUGGGAGCCACCCUCAGCAGACCUGUCUGUAGAUAAGCCCCAGCUCCGCGCGGGCAUGUCUGGGGACAAGCACCACGUCCCCGUCUCCACAGCCGACGACAAACUUCAGUCUCCUGCUGUCGUAACGGCCGGGGAGAAAAGCACCCCGGCUUCAGUGCCGUAUUUAACAACCAUCCAGACGACAGCACCUGAGCCGAACCGUGGGCCGAGGCAAGAUCACCAGUCAGCCACGGGACAAGUGCCGGCGGCCUCGGCAAAAGCGUCGAGCGGUUCCGGUCAGGCUAUCCGCUCCGUUCCCAUCUCACGGACCGAGGUGCCUCCGGACGACGAGCCAGUGUACUGCCCGCGGCCCCUCUACCAGUACAAGCCAUACCAGCCCCACUCCGACUACCACGUAACUCAGCUGCAGCCUUACUUUGAGAACGGGCGGGUGCAUUACCGGUACAGCCCUUACUCCAGCUCUGCCGGAUCCUCUUACUACACCGCUGCCGACGGGAGCUUUUACGACUUGGACCCGUACAGCACCGUGCGGGUCAGGCCCUUCCACCCCCGCCGCGACUUCGCGUCGUACGCCUCGCGGGUGCAAAGCAAAGGCCUGUACCGCUACCCCGGCCUGUCUGCCUACCCGCGGGGCGGCCUGGUCGGCCAGCUGGCAGGCAAAGAGCACAGCUUCGUCAGCAGGGACGUGCCUCCCGCCCCGGACAUCAAGCACAUGUACGUGUCGUGGGACCUGGAGGACAUGGAGAAGUACCGCAUGCAGUCCAUUCGCCGGGAGAGCCGCACGCGCCAGAAGGUCAAAGGGCCGGUGAUGUCCCAGUACGAUAACGUGGCCCCGCUGCUGCAGGAGGAGCUGGGAGGACUGGACGCCGUUCACUUGCGCAGCAAAUCGGAUCCUGGGAAAACUGGCCUCCUGACCGUGGCGGAAGGGAAGGAGGGGAGGUACCCGGCCAAAGCAGCUACGCCCGAGGGCGACGAGCGUUACUACAUGCAGCACCCCGAGCCGGAGCUGGACAGAGCCCACUACCACGGCCCCAUCGGUUACCAGCACCCGGGCGGGAAGUACAUCCCGGCGAACCAGGAGACGCUGAGACUGAACCACAAGGAGGUGAGGCUGGCGGAGGACAGGCCGGAGCUGGAGAGGUCUCGAGCCAGGCCGAGCGCGGCCAUGGAGAAACACUCCAGAGACUGCUACAAAGAGGAGGAGCACGCCAUGGCGCCGCCGCCCAAGCCCGAACGGAGCCACAGCCUCCGAAUGCAGCACCCCGAAACCCUGGAGAGGGACUCUGCCCUCCUCUACCCGUACCAAACCCUUGGGAAACGCCAAAGCACGAUGACUGUGGUGUCCCAGUACGAUAAUUUGGAGGAUUACCAUACCAUGCCUCAGCACCAAAGAGGGGGCUACGUCGGAGGAGGGGGGUUCGUGCCCCCCAGUUUUACCCACGUGCACAGUAGAACUUACGCCACGGCCCUCGGCCAGGGAGCCUUCCUCCCGACGGAGCUGUGUUUGCAGAGGCCUGAAACAGAGGUCCACGUCGAGUGA